AUGGAAGAUAGAUAUAUAGGCCUUUGUGCAUUAUUUCAAGGAAUUGGCACAGCAAGUAAAUUGCUCCACAAAUCUGAGGGAGAAAUCAAGCAUUUGAUAUCAAAAAUAAACUACGAAAAUAUCCCAUGCCUAAGCAGCUUAUCAGAAGUUUUAAGAAAAAUGAUUAGCAAUUUAUCUCUAGAAAGGGCUGCUGAGAUUUUCAACAUUUCCCCAUUUGCACUUGAAUUUAUUACUUCACAAAGCGUAAAAGCACCUUCACUUCAAAUAAACUUCGAAGAAAAUACUAGCGAAUGUGUAGCUCAAUUAAAAAAAAGAGUUGGAAGGCUCUAUGAAAAUGGUGUUAAGCCGAAAAUAAUCCAAAACCUUUUUGAUCUUCCCAAUAUUUACAUGAUCCACAGUUGAUUUGACUGAAACAAAAUGUCUGGCUCCAAAGGGAAAAAGAAUUCCUAUUUAAAAUAUAAAAUUCAAGUCUUAAGAAGAGAAGGAAAGACAGAUGACGAAAUUGCUAAAGAAUUAUUAAUAGGAAAACAUAGGAUUGGUGAAGUUUCUGGAGAUCUUGAACGAUAUGCAAUUAUUUAUGGCCAAAAUGAAAUUAAAACCGUUUUAAAAAUGCAUGAAAAAACUAAAAAUAAAGAAAAAUUAGCAAAGAAAAUUGGAGUCCCUGAAAGGACUGUUAUAAGAUGGUUUAAAAAUAAAGCAGAAGGACUAAGAUACUCUAAAGGAGGAAUUAUUGAAAGUGAUGAAGAAGGAGAUACUAUGACAAAAUUUCUGGCUCUUGAAAAACACUAUUUAAAUGGAGGAAUAAAAACCAAUGAUUUGGGUGAUAAGGUGAUAAAGUGGAUCAAUAAUUUUGAAAGCAAAACUCAGGAAGAUAUAGGAAAUCCUAAUAAAAGACAAAAAACCACAGAAGAAGAAAAAAUAGAAUAA